ACAUAUGUGUGCCGCGAUGUACGUGCUGCUACCCGUGACGGGAUAUGUUCUCACAUCAGUCCUGCUGUUCAAAUGUCCGUCACUUUUGCAUCGGAAGAAACGGGAGACUUUCAGGAGCAGACACAUAUCGCACCGCGGGGGUGCAGGUGAAAACCUGGAGAACACCAUGGCAGCUUUCAGACAUGCGGUCCAGCUGGGCACAGACAUGCUGGAGCUGGAUUGUCACCUGACCAAGGAUGAGGAGGUUGUGGUGUCACAUGACCACAACCUGAUGCGCUCAACGGGCGUUUGUGCUAACGUCUGUGACCUGGCGUACACUGAGCUGCCCCCUUACCUGUGCAAGCUUGAUGUCUCCUUCCAGAGAGAGUGUUUCUGUGAGGGAGGGGAGGAUAAGCACAUUCCCCUGCUGAGGGACGUCUUCGAGGCCUUCCCGCACACCCCCGUCAACAUCGACAUCAAGGCCAACGACGACACGCUCAUCAGAAAGGUCUCAGAACUCGUGGUGAAGUACAACCGCGAGCAUCUGACCGUUUGGGGAAACACGAGCAACAAGAUUGUGCAGAAGUGCUACAAGGAGAACCCACGGAUCCCCAUCCUGUUCAGCCUGCAGCGGGUUGGGUUGUUCUACACGGGCCUGCUGCCCGUCGUGCCGCUCCGGGAGCAGUUCCUGGAGGUCCCCAUGCCCUCCAUCUUCAUCAAGCUGACCGACCCCAGGAGGCUGACGAAGCGCCAGCGUUUCAUUGCUUGGCUGGCUGAUACUGCUGCUGAUGAAGAAAGCCCUAUUUAA